AUGGCACGCUAUACCACAAGACUGAAGACCAGACCAACUUACUCAUGGGUUGGAAGGCCAUUGUUGGAUCGAAAACUGCGCUGUCUAACCUACAAGGAAAUGGCUGUGAAAAUGGAUGGUUGUUCAACUCAGAUUCACAUCCAAGUUGGACAGUUUGUGCUAAUUGAAGGCAAAGAUGAUGAAAAUCCAUAUGUUGCUAAAUUAAUUGAGUUGUUUGAAGAUGAAUCUGACGUUUAUUCCACAAAGCGUGCUCGAGUACAGUGGUGUGUCCGAUUUUGUGAAGUUCCUGUGUGUAAACAGCAUUUGUUGGGCCGGAAGCCUGGCGCACAGGAGAUAUUCUGGUAUGAUAACCCUGCCUGUGACAACAGUAUUAAUGCUGAGACCAUCAUUGGUCCCGCACGGGUAAUAGCUUUAGCCCAAAGUGAAGUAAUUCCUGAGGAUUUGAAAGAUGAAGAGACACUCUUUGUGAAACUAUCCUGGGAUGAGAAGAAGUUCAGACCACUGUCUCCAGAAGUGUUUUCAGAAUUGGAAAAACUCCAGGAAAGCAGCCCCAGGCAUCAGAAGCUGGUUGGAGCCAAGGCUCUGAUCGAAGAAAGUCCUGCAACCAAUAUAGAACAUGCAGUCAAAAGGAUUGAACCAAGACACUGUGCAUCUAAAGCUUGCCAAACUCCCACCCAUUCAGCUACUCCACUGGCAAGGAGGAGGCUGGAGCUCAGCAGUAAAGGCAACUCUAGGACUUCCCAGCAGACUGCCUCUUUGAGAUCUCCAGAAAGAACUAAGCAGAAAGUGGCCUGUGAGAUCACCUCACCUCGUAAGAGGCCUCAGCCUGAUGAACUUAAAAUUUCAUCUCCAGCUUUUAAAACCCUUUGUACCAAGGACACCUGGAAGUCUUCACCUGAAUGUCACAUGACCCUAAGGACCCGAAAGUCAUCUUUAAAAGCUACAAAGAUUAAUGAGGAACAACUGUCCCCCAUCAGAGGGGGACGGAAAUCCUUGGUGGUGUCAGAUGUGAUCCUGAAGCCACAGAACAACAAAAAGAGGGAGUCAGGAGAACCCCAACCUCAGAAUGAGGCUACAUCCACUCCACAUCGGGUUCGCAGAAAGACCUCUCUCUUGACUUUGAAUCUGAUUAAGCAGCAGCUUCGGUUUUUAGGUGGUGGUACAAAUGAUCAAGAAGAUAAAGAGUAUCUACCAGCAGCAGAGAUUUCAGACUCAAGCAGUGAGGAUGAAGAGAAAGAGUUUCCACCAGAGGCAGAGAAUUCAGACUUGAGCAGUGAGGAGGAGGAAGACGCUUCCGUGCCACCCCUCCGAAGGACACCCCGCAGAUCCUGGACCCUGCCAUCUUCCACAAAGUCAUCCUUACAGACUCCUUCCAGGACACCAAAGAAAAGGGUAAGACCUGUGCAUAGAACGCCAUGUCAGGCCACGCCCCAGAUCCGCCACCGCAGCCUCGCUGCCCAGGAUCCUGCCAAUGUGCUGGAGGAGGCCCGGCUGAGGUUGCAUGUUUCUGCCGUACCCGAGUCUCUCCCCUGCCGGGAGCAGGAGUACCAAGACAUCUACAACUUUGUGGAAAGUAAACUCCUAGACUGUACUGGAGGGUGCAUGUACAUCUCCGGGGUCCCUGGUACAGGCAAGACUGCCACUGUACACGAGGUGAUACGCUCUCUGCAGCAGGCAGCCCAAGAAAAUGAUGUCCCAUCCUUUCAAUACAUUGAAGUCAAUGGCAUGAAACUGACAGAGCCCCACCAAAUCUAUGUGCAAAUCUUGCAGAAGCUGACAGGCCAAAAGGCAACAGCCAGCCAUGCAGCACAGCUGCUGACAAAGAGAUUCUGCACACACAGCUUGCCUCAGGAAACUACCGUGUUGCUCGUGGAUGAGCUUGACCUCCUGUGGACUCAGAAACAGGACGUAAUGUACAAUCUCUUUGACUGGCCCACUCACAAGGAGGCCCGGCUAGUGGUCCUGACCAUUGCCAACACAAUGGACCUGCCAGAGCGAAUGAUGAUGAACCGGGUGGCAAGCCGACUGGGUCUCACCAGGAUGUCCUUUCAGCCCUACACUCAUAGUCAGCUGCAGCAGAUCCUAAUGUCCCGACUGAAGCAUGUGAAGGCCUUUGAGGAUGAUGCUAUCCAGCUGGUAGCCAGGAAGGUGGCAGCCCUCUCUGGAGAUGCCCGGCGCUGCUUGGACAUUUGCAGACGUGCCACCGAGAUCUGCGAGUUCUCCCAGCAGAAGCCAGGCUCCCCUGGCCUGGUCACAGUGGCUCACUUGAUAGAAGCUGUGAAUGAGAUGUUCUCAUCUUCCUACAUCGCUGCCAUCAAGAAUUCCUCUGUUCUGGAACAAGGCUUCCUGAGAGCCGUCCUUGCAGAAUUCCGUCGAUCGGGUCUGGAGGAAGCAACGUUUCAGCAGGUGUACAGCCAGCACAUGGACCUGUGCAGAAUGGAGGGACUGCCCUACCCCACCAUGUCCGAGACCAUGGCCGUGUGCUCCCGCCUUGGUGCCUGUCGCCUCCUCCUGGUGGAGCCAAGCAAGAACGACCUGCUUCUUCGUGUGCGACUCAACAUCAGCCAAGAUGAUGUGCUGUAUGCGCUAAAGGAAGAGUGA